CUGGAGCCUGGGAGCUGCAGGACUCUCUGACACUCACUGGAGCUGCGAUGCUGUGCGGAGCCCCCACCCUGCACUCAGCUGCUCCCUCACCUCCCAGGUGUCUCCUCUAGGAACUCACUCACACUCACCGCCCUCCAGUCAGUGCAGCAGCCGGGGAGAUGAGGGGCAGCGGAUGGACGUGGAAGCAGUCCGGGGCACAAGCUCCCAGGGUGAGAAAAAGGAGGGAGAGGAUACUGCAGCAGGGAGCCUUCAUCUGCACCCUCCUGUUUGUAGUAUGGAGCCUGAACGGAUUCUUGCAAGAAACAGGGUUCUCCCAUGGAGACCAGAGAAUUUCAUCGGAAGUGUGGCGGAAUAGGAGGCUUAUGGCGUCAGAAAAUGGGACCCAGUCAAAAAAUUGCACAGAACCAGCAAUUAAUGAGUUUCCAGAUGAUUUAUUCACUAUUAAAGAACGACAGAGAGGUGCCGUCCUACUUCAUAUAUUCUGUGCGCUGUAUAUGUUCUAUGCAUUGGCUAUCGUUUGCGAUGACUUUUUUGUACCAUCAUUGGAGAAAAUUUGUGAGAAGCUGCAUUUGAGUGAAGAUGUUGCAGGAGCAACUUUCAUGGCGGCCGGGAGCUCGACUCCAGAAUUAUUUGCUUCCGUCAUUGGUGUCUUUAUCACACAUGAUGAUGUGGGAGUUGGAACUAUUGUUGGUUCUGCAGUUUUCAACAUUCUCUGUAUAAUUGGCGUGUGUGGUGUUUUCGCAGGACAGGUGGUGCGUCUGACGUGGUGGUCGCUUUUCAGAGAUUCUAUGUACUACAUACUAUCAAUCUUAGCACUAAUCAUUUUUAUAUAUGAUGAGGUUAUAGAUUGGUGGGAGAGCCUCUGUCUCAUAAUUAUGUAUUUAAUUUACAUUCUUAUCAUGAAAUACAACAUGAAGAUGCAACAUUUAUUUACCAUCAAACGGAAGAAUGUUGGGAAUGGCUGCACGGUUGGCAGUGAGCUGCAGGAUGGUAAUGUGUAUAGUGACUUUGUCUGUGAUGAUCCCUCCGUGCCCCUUUUGUGGAAAGUGAAAGUGAACCAGCAAUAUCCCAGUAGAAACUCUGUAGUGAUGGUGGAUGAAAUAAUUUGCUCAAGUCCUCCCAAGUACCGGUUCCCAGAAGCUGGAUUGCGCAUUAUGAUAACAAACAAAUUUCCGCCGAGGACCAGGCUGCGGAUGGCGAGUAGGCUGAUUAUUAAUGAGAGGCAGCGCCUCCUACAGUCAUCCAAUGGAAUGAGCAUGUUAACUCUGGAUGGGAAACAGGACCUUCUGGAGAAUGGGAUCAUGCAUGUGGACAAAGAUGAUUUCGAAGAAGAAAAUGUAUCAAAUACUCUAGUCCCUUUUUCAGUGCCCAGUGGCUGUGUAAACCAGUUCAAGUGGUGUUUUUCCUGGCCUUUAAUCCUUACCCUAUAUUUAACCGUACCGAACUGUACCAAGCCACGCUGGGAGAACUUCUUCAUGCUCACAUUUCUCUUGUCCACGGUGUGGAUCGCCAUCUUCUCCUACAUCAUGGUUUGGAUGGUAACAGUUAUUGGUUACACACUGGGGAUUCCUGAUGUCAUCAUGGGCAUCACAUUUCUGGCUGCGGGCACUAGUGUUCCUGACUGCAUGGCUAGUUUAAUAGUCGCAAGGCAAGGUCUUGGGGAUAUGGCAGUUUCCAAUACCAUAGGAAGCAAUGUUUUUGACAUUCUUGUCGGCCUUGGUGUACCAUGGGGAUUACAGACAAUGGUUAUUAACUGGGGAUCGAGUGUGAAGAUUAACAGCAAAGGCUUGGUGUAUUCUGUAAUACUGUUGUUGGCAUCGGUGGCCCUUACAGUGGCUGGUAUCCAUUUCAAUAAGUGGCAACUUGACCGGAGGUUUGGUUUCUACGUCCUUGUCCUUUACGCUAUCUUCUUGUGUUUUUCCGUAUUAAUAGAGUUCAAUGUGUUUACUUUUGUCAACUUACCAAUGUGCCGCGAUGACUUUUGAUGUCACCGACCGCAGGUCAAAGUUGAGAAAGCAUCAGUGUUCCCAGUAUUAAUGGGGCACCGGAGAUGUCUUGUCUCCUCUCUCUCUCUCUCUCUGCCGACUUGAUGGAAGCUCCAAAACUUGCUGCACAAUUUGGACAGAUCCACAAGAAUGUAGAGGCGAUUCUAACCCCUCUCAGUACUGAAAGGGCAGGCAACACAUUGACCUUUUCCCUAAAGUUCUCACGGGGUAGCCUACUAUCUUCCAAAGGUGUCUAGGUGUGAACUGGCUGCACUUCUACAAAAACUGUCUCAAUCCGCAAUAGCUUAAGGCAGCCGAAAACGCAGCCUCGUUAUACUGGUUUACAUGAAAUGGAAUAUAAUCUCGGAUUUUGCAACCACAGUGUGGACCUCUAUUUUUGUUCUUCCAAUGUAUGCAUGAACCCCUAUAAAUGCAGAUCUUUGAGACAUUUCAGCAAUGUUUAGAUGGCUUGGGCAUUGUCCGCUUUCUUGAGAUCUACCGAACUAGUAUUAUCAUUCCGAACCUGGAAUGGAGAUCAAUUCACUUUUGAAUAUUUAAUAUAAAAAAAUCUGUUUGUGAAAUGGGAGAACUAUAUCAUCACUCUUUGAAACUGUAUUUUUUCUCCACUUAUGUCUGCAAGCCUCAGAGGAACUGUCCAAUAGACUUGAUACUUUGCAAAAUAAAAAAAAUA